UUUCCCAUCUUAGUUCCCAGAAAUGGAAAAAUGCACUAAAUAGAAGAUUCCAAAACCAAGAAACACAUCUUCAUCCUGAUACCGGAUCUUCAUCAUUUUCAGGUCAAAGUCAGAGUCCGGCCUGCAGUUUCUACUUCAACUAGCCACCCAGAACCUUAGAGGAUUCUGCAGGACCUGGACUCAAAUACUGCUGAUUCCAACUGCUAAAGGGCCACAGCAGAACCGGGCCUGAGCCCAAACCCAAACGACCCCAGAACCACUGAAACAUUUUCCAUUAGAACAGCCACCAGAACCAGCGAGAAAGCUGGACGGAACAUUUUCACCUGCGAGUCCUCGCUCAGGUCAGCGAAAGUGUGACGUAGGCGUCACGUGGCAGCAGACAGCGCGGGAAGCGGCACGCAGAGGUGAGCUGGGUCAGUAGGACCGUCAGUAGAACCAGGAUGAAGGUUUACUUCUGCGGCAGCAUCCGCGGCGGCAGACAGGACGUGCACGUGUAUCAGAGGAUCGUGCACAAGCUGCAGAGCUACGGGAGCGUGCUGACCGAGCACGUGAGCAGCGCGGAGUUGAACGACAGAGGAGAAAAUGGUGCAGUGGCGGGAGACAAAGGCAUCCAUGACCGGGACGUGGACUGGCUGCGACAGUCUGAUGUGGUCGUUGCCGAGGUGACGCAACCGUCUCUGGGCGUCGGCUACGAGCUCGGCCGAGCCGUAGACAUGAAGAAGAAGAUCCUGUGUCUGUUCAGACCGUCGUCAGGACGCACGCUGUCCGCCAUGAUCCGAGGAGCCGCAGAUGGCGAGCAGUUCGUGGUGACAGACUACACUGAGGACGAGGUGGAGAAGGUUUUGGAGGAUUUCUUCAUCAGCCUGAAGCAAAGCUGAGACAUCUCAGAGUGCUGCACCUGCUCUUCCUCUGAGUGAUGAAGAUGAUCACCCAGAUGGAAAGCUCCCACGUGGAAACGUCAUGAUGUUGGUGGAGCUUUCUUUCAAUCUUAUGUCUUUUGUUUGGGUUGUAAGGAAAUAAACUUUUUUUUAAAGUUUG